GAUUCCAUUUCCCACCAUUCCACCAACCCCCCUCUCCAGCUCUAUUUCUUCUUCCUCCGACAUUAGGAGAGAGAAAGAGAUACCCAACCAAUUCCCCCCCUCUCUCUCCUCCAAUUCCCACUUUCAUGGCGGCCUCAGCUCACCCCUCGUCCCUCUGCUUCUCUCUCAAUCCCUCUUCUACAAAAGCGUCGAUUUCAAAGUCAACUAUUCCUUCAAACCUCUUUGUUGGUGGUGGGUCCUCCGUCAAAUUGGGCUCCUCAGCGGAUCUUUCGUCCGCCAAUCGCCUUGCAGUGAGUGCUGUCCGGGUUAGGUCGGCGAUUCGAGCGAGUUCGACUCAGAUAACCCCGACCGAAUCACCGAGUAGUAGUGGCUCUAGUAAUAUGACGAACUCUUCUAGGGUUCCUACUAUUGUGGAUGUUAAUUUAGGGGAUCGGAGUUACCCAAUUUAUAUCGGGGCCGGCCUUCUCGACCAACCCGAUCUUCUUCAAAGGCAUGUGCACGGAAAGAGGGUUCUUGUGGUUACGAACACCACUGUUGCACCCUUGUAUCUGGAAAAAGUUAUUGAUGCUUUAACAAGAGAUAACCCGAAAGUAUCUGUAGAAACUGUGAUAUUACCUGAUGGGGAGCAGUACAAGGACAUGGAUACUCUGAUGAAAGUCUUUGACAAAGCUAUUGAGUCAAGGUUGGACAGAAAGUCCACAUUUGUGGCCCUUGGUGGUGGUGUAAUCGGCGAUAUGUGUGGAUAUGCUGCAGCUUCUUUCCUGCGUGGAGUUAACUUCAUUCAAAUUCCAACAACCGUUAUGGCACAGGUGGAUUCUUCAGUGGGUGGAAAGACUGGCAUAAACCAUCCGUUGGGAAAAAAUUUGAUUGGGGCUUUUUACCAACCUCAGUGUGUACUUAUAGACACCAACACAUUAAACACACUGCCUGAUAGAGAACUGGCAUCUGGGCUUGCUGAGGUUAUAAAAUAUGGGCUUAUUAGGGACGCUGAGUUCUUUGAGUGGCAAGAGAAAAAUAUGGAUGCAUUGAUGGCAAGGGAUGCUGCUGCCUUUGCAUAUGCUAUUAAGCACUCUUGUGAAAACAAGGCCGAGGUUGUAUCUUUAGAUGAGAAGGAAAGUGGACUCCGAGCAACAUUGAACUUGGGUCACACAUUUGGACAUGCAAUAGAAACUGGAUUUGGCUAUGGCCACUGGCUUCAUGGAGAAGCGGUUGGAGUUGGGAUGGUCAUGGCUGUCGACAUGUCACACCGUCUUGGUUGGAUAGAUGAAUCAUUAGUGGGGCGUGUUCAUAACAUCUUGAAAAAGGCUAGACUACCGAUUGCACCUCCUGAAAGCAUGACUGUCGAAAUGUUCAAGUCUAUUAUGUCGGUUGAUAAGAAGGUAGCUGAUGGUGUGCUGAGGCUCAUCCUCCUGAAAGGUCCUCUUGGAAAUUGUGUAUUCACCUCAGAUUAUGACAAAGAAGCCCUUGAAGAAACACUGCGCGCCUUUUCCAAAUCCUGAUUCCUGAUAUAAGUAUAUACCUACUUAGUACUUACUCACUAUUCUUUUUGUAAACAUUGGAUGGUCAAUAUUGGUCAAACAAAUCAUACCGCUACUCCUGAACUGUAUGAGAGUUGUUGUUUUGUUUUGUUUUGUUUUGUUUCUAAGAUAGUUUGUAUGUUCUAAGAUGAAGUACCUGAUAGAUUAAUGAUGUAUUUAUUAUCGAGUAGAAGUUUUUGUAUAAGCAUUUUCCCUAAUCUUACGGGAAUCUUCCUUGUCCGUAUACACUUAAGGUUUAAUAAAAUUCACCGAUGUUGUUGUA